AUGCACUCUAAGCUUGUCUUUAGCCCUAAUCUGAGCUCCUUUUGCAUCUCUACCCUCUAUCCUUCCUCAAUCAUAGACCAUGUUGAAAUCCUCCUGGAGAACGUUGUUGAGGGUCAGGACUUCAACUUCAAGAAAAUGGAUCCAAAUGAAGUCAACUCGCUAGGUGAACCCUAUGAUUAUAGCUCAAUCAUGCACUAUGCCAAGGGAACUUUUGCUUCUCCAAACAAGGAUGAAACAAUUCGUCCGAAAGCAUGUUGUCCCCGGCCACCGAUUGGACAACGGAUUCAGCUGAGUACAGGCGAUAUUCGCCAGACGAAUAAACUGUACAACUGCCCGCGUAAGUAUUCGAGUCGAGGAGAAAAAUUGCUAUCUAGUUAG